AAAUUUACUUCAACGGUUACCAGUAAAAUGUCGAUGCAAAUUAAAGAUCUCUCCGGUGUUCUUAGUUCUCUAUUAGGUUCAAAUAGAACCAUUAAAGAAUCAAAAAUAUCGAAUCUCUUAGCUAGAGGUGAAAACUAUGGAAGCUUGAUGCUGAAACUCGACGUAACCAUUGAAAAUGAAGAGGGUAAAGAAGAUGUUUGGCAUCUGGUAGGUAAAACUCUACCAGAAACAGAAUUGUUUAGGGGAAUUUUUUAUGUACAUACCACAUACACCAAUGAAAUGGCGUUUUAUGAUACAAUAGUGCCAACUUUACAAAAUUUUCAAAAAGAUCUUGGUAUAUCCAAUAUUAUUGACUGCUUUCCCAAAUGCUAUGCUUCCAGAAAGAAUUUGUUGAAAAAUAGUGAUGUUAUUGACGAUGAUGCUAUUAUAAUUUUGGAAAAUUUACAAGCGACAGGUUAUGUUAAUAUCGACCGAACAAUUGGUUUUGACUUUCCAACAACCUUGUUAAUUUUAAGUGACCUGGCUCGCCUGCAUGGAGUAUCCUUAGCAUUAAAACUUAAAUAUCCAACAAGAUUCGAAGAAAAAAUAAAAUGCUACUGUGUGCCCUUUAAGCCCUCUCAUCAAGAUUUACUUCCAAUUUUGAGACGAGUUGUCGCAGAGAACGAAGAAAUCGCCCAUUUGGCUCCAAAAAUAUUACCGUGGGGUACACAUCCAAGGUCACCUAAUAAUGAACCUUUUGUUUCCCUAAUACAUGCUGAUACGUGGACUAAUAAUACCUUACAGAAAUUCGAGAAUGGUGAAGCAAUUUCGAAUAAGUUUGUGGAUUUCCAAAUAUUUCAAUAUGGAUCACCGGCAGCUGAUGUGUUCUUUUUUUUAUUUUCUUCCGUACCGCAAGAUAUACUAGAACCUAAUUUAGACUAUUUUUUAAAAUACUAUCAUACCGGUUUAGUAGAAGUAUUAGAAGAUCAUAAGUGUAGUAGUGCUGAGUUUGGUUUUGAGAGAUUCAUGCAAGAAAUGGAGUCCGUUUCUUUCUACGAAUUUCCCCAUUCAUUUCUUUUCCACACCUUAUUUGUAAAUGCCCGAAAAGGUGGCCAUGAUUUGGAGAACCUUGACGAAGAUCAAGUUUUUAGCGAUAUCCCUUUGAAAGUUAAACAGAAGUCGUGGUAUAUGGUAAAGGAAUGUAGUAGGCGAGGUUGGUUCAAAUAAUGCACUAUCUAGAAAUGUUGGCUUUUUAAGAACUUAUUUUAUUAAGUUUUUAGUAAAACUUUUACUUCUUUCUCUAAUUCUUUAUUCUGUUCUUAAAUCAAAAAUAUUUUUCCAAAUUCGGACACAAGUUACUAAUCAUUAUUGGCAUCUUUAUUUUGUUGCGUUGUUACGAUAAGAUUUUUAAUGAAAUAUAUAUUUUAACGCUUCUUUGGGACAUAGAGGAGAGUUCCCAUUAUUGUACCACUUAAAUUUUGAAUUUUCUUCUUCUUCUUCAAGUGCCGUCUCCAUCAAUGGAGGUUAGCGGUUAUGGUGGCAAACGUUUGUCUAUCUUCAGCUGCUCUUAAGAGUUCCUCAAAUCCAAGUCCUGUCCAGUUUCUGAUAUUACGUAACCAGGACAAUUUUUUUUCUUCCAAUUCCUCGCAUAUAUAUUCCUCGCUUUUGAAUUUUAAUUUGAAUAAUAUCAGUCAUAUUUGGCUGAACGAUAUAUUAGGAUAAAUAAUAAACAUUUACACACAUAUAGUAAUUUUUGUAACUGGAUAACAUUGAUUUUACUGCUAAAAACAUGCUUUUCUGGUAGGUUGCAAGUGGUACAAUUUCGAAAACUAGUUGCCUUUAUUGUACCGUGGGUUUCCUUAAUUAUACCCGUAGUAACCUAUAUAGAAGGAUCCGUGUAUAGUAUAAUAAAUUUUAUUGUAUUUUUGUGUCAAUAUUGUAUAAGUGUGAAUACCAUUAAUCAUGUUUUGUUUAAUAAAAAAUACAUUCAAAGCAAGAAAAAGUUUGGGUUUCAGGUUGGUCUCCUGCACAAAGUUCGUGGCUCCAUAAACGCCAUUGGUACAUUGGAUCAUGUCUUCAAUUCUUUUUUUCCUGCAAAUUGAAUAUAACACUCUUUAACACACAUCUCUUUAACAACCUCAGGUUGAUUUGACCUUGACGCGGCAUUAGAACAGACUCUGUAGGAUUAUCACAUUUCUUUUUUUGUGACGUUUUUCUUGACUGCUUCUUUGUUCCUUUUAAGACUAGUUUUACCUUCUAGUUUUAUUUUUUGAGCACUUUCAAAUUUCUUGGACGAUUUCGGUUUAGCCUUUCCCAAUUUCAUUUUUAUUUGUUUUACCUGUUCCUGCGCUAACUGUAGCUCCCGUCAAAACCAUUGCCUUUUGUGCUGUUCCCUUCUUGUAUUUUGGAUGAGGCUUCGGUAUCAGGGAAAUUAAAUCUAUUGAAAUGUUAUUUUUGGGCUUGCUUCGUAAGUUUUUUUAGUAGGCCUAGUGGGUGUAGUAGUCGUAGGUAAACUCUCCUUAGGACAAGGUGUUCAGGCCAGAUUAUUUCGUGCUAUAUAUACCCUUCUGUUGUAGAACUAAGUGGUUCCUUGUUUGUCUCAUUAGGCUCUUGAUUUUCAACGUCUUCCCGGAUAUCACUGCCUUCAUGCUCAUUUAAAUUUUCAGCCCCACAAAAGUCAUAAUAUUUUAAGACCAUGCGAUCAACAGGCCAUACUCCACUAGUUCGGAAAGCAUUGACUGCAAUUUCAAUGCUUGCUGCUCUUCCUAAGCUUCAGAAAUCAAGCCAGCUACGUGAACUUGUGUAUCACAUAAUCCGGGGUUAGAACGAAGCCACUUUUCAACUGAUUGAGUGUAGUAUCCUUUACUGAAAGGUUUAAAGAAUGAUCUAUCCAAAGCCUGCACGCGGUGGCUCGUAUGCCCAGGCAAUUAUAGCAUUAUAAAACAGUGCUCUAUAGCAAGUAAAAUUGCUUCAAGAUUCUUAUAGUGCGUUGUAUGUCCAUCCAGUAUCAAAAGAACUUUUUUUUAAUUGUUGGAUUCACAGAAUCAAUAAAAUGUUGGAGCCAUUUUACAAAGAAAUCACUGCUCAUGUAGCCUGAUUCUGAUAUCUUAACCGUACUUCCUGGUGGAGCCCCAACACUCAAUUCAUUGUUCAUUCGCAUACUUUUAAAUAUAAGCAUAUGUGGUACGUACAUUACUGAAGCACUUGCACAGCACGUGUUGACUCCACGUUCUCCACUGGACACUGACCCAACUUGCCUGUUUCUUUUUUGUGCCAGAACCUUUUGGAAUUUGUUCUGCAGAGUACUGGCGCCCAUUUCGCCAACGUUAAAUAUGGGAGUUGCGUCAAUAUGAUUCUCAUCAACAAUUUUUUUCAGACGGUCCAAAAAGGCGUAAACAUUCCUUUUAUUGAAUCUAUUUGCGCGCAUCAUGGACGUUGCUUGAGGUUCUCUCAGUGAGAUUAUGACAUUAUAGUCAGCUUUGAAAGCAUAAAACCCCUUCUUUCCUGCAAUUUGUAAUUCUUUAUUAAAAUUAUGUGGUAUUUGAUUUCUUUUCACUAGUUCAAACGCAAGCCGUCGAACAUCAUUGAUCGUGAGGCCAAACAUCAACGUGUCCAGUUUUAAAAUGUGAUCAAUUAUAUCCUUCUCCAUUGCUGUUGGUAAUACACUGCCACGGCCAAAAGCCUUCGUUUCUUCAUUUGCCUUGACAUUGGUUUCACUAAGAUGACGGAGCAAGUUAGGUUUAGGGACUCCAUACUGCCUACAGCAUUCAUUUAAUCCCAUGUCCCCACUACGAAAUGUCUGAAGAGCCCGGCUCAUGUCAUCCACAUUCCAAUUCCCAUAUUUUCCUUUCGGCACCUAAAACACACAAGAACGGUGUGUGUUAUUUAUUUUUGAAAAUAAGUAGGUAUUAAAUACCCAAAUAAUAGGUGAUAUCUUAAAUUGUACCGGUACAAUAUAGGCAACUCGGCGUGGUACAAUAUGGGAAACUUGCACUUAACGUAAAUAAACUACGAAUCCUAACCUAAAAAUGACCCUGUAAAGGAAAAUAACUCAGUUUUAUAUACCUACAUACAUGCUUUUCUUGUAAUUAAGAGUUAAAACGGUUUGCACGUAUCUUUACAAAUAUUGUAACCUUACGUAUGGAACUAGAAAACAAUACUGAAACACCAUAAAAUACCAAAAAUCGACAAAUGUGAACGUUGUGAAACUUUAGCAUUCAACUCUAGGAAGUGACUAGUUCGACAAAAUGACAAAAAACGCUCUGGAUUCCUUAUAAAGUAUAAAUACAGCGGUGGUACAAUAUUGGCGCCGGUACAAUUUCGGCUACUUUCCCCUAUGUUACUGGACAAAGUCAUGUUAUAUAUUUUCUUCUUUUUGCAAUUUUUUGAGCGCUAUCUCUCAUUGAGUAUCAUGUUGAUUACCAUAUUUAUUAAUAUAAUUUUGUUUUGUUGAAAUCAGCUCGAAAUAAGUAAGUUACUGAUUUUUAUUAGUAUGAGUCUUUUGAAUCAUGAAUUUUUUCCUUCCGCUUAUGUAAGUCAUGAUUUCAUUUUUAAGAUGCUUUUUCCAUUAUUAUGUGUAAUAAUUUAUGUUUUUAAGUGACAUAUCGUCGGGUCUAUGAAAUAUUCUAAUUUAAGUUACUUAAUACUCUUGGCUAUAGCAAGUUUUGGCUGUUAUCAGUCGGGAAUUUAGAAUGACUUUAUUUCCCUUUUUUGUUUAUUUUUAUCAUUUCUCUACAUAUUUACAUUUUUAAUGUUUCUAAAUCGUAAUAGUUAUUUUAGUAAAUGCCCACAAAUUUGUGAAUACAACAUGAGUGGAAAGAUAAAUAGAAUUUUAUCAUUCGAAUUUUUAGCUUAUUGAUAUUACUUUCUAUAUAAGGUUGUCUGCUUUCUCCAAAUCUGAAUUAUAAAUAUUGAUGCCAUAUCAUUCUUAUAUAUUUUGUUCACUUUUGCUUCCUUUUGGUUUAAUGUAUUUAGUUCAGCAUAUAAUAGAGUAUAGUAAAUAUAGUUUUAUGUAGUAUAUAUAUUACCUACUCCCUACGUUUGGAUACUACUCUAGGUAGGAUAAAAUUAAUUUUAUUUUCUACAAUAGUUUGUUUAUUAUUCUAAUAAUUAUUAUUAUUCUCACUCAUAUAUCUCACUAUUUUAAAGACAUACAAUCAGCAUGGAAUGCCUUCUUUCUGCUACAUUGUAUCUUCUACGCCUCUCAGUUCUUAUGAUUCAAAAUAUUCAAACCCAACUACCCUUAACGCCACUUCGUUUUUGCCUUCUCAAAUAGAAGUACGUAAGUCAAACCUUUUUUUUUAGCUUCUCAAAUAAAAGCAAGUUAUAGUUCUUUUCACGCUUCUUAAAUAGAACCAGUUUUUAAAUAUCUUAUUUUAUUAAAUAGUUAAUUAACUAUAUUAAAUUCAGUGUCUAUGCAUCGAAUAUGUCAGUACCUAAAAUAUUAUUCUUUUAUAGAGAAGAGAAUCUACAGUUUUUGUGCCAGCAUUUCAUAAAUGCCGGUCCGACAAAUUACAGGGUUGCCGGAUAUAUAACAAACAUAAACUUUCUUGUUCUAUAACUCACAAUUUUGCGACCUAUUGGUCGCUGGUCCUUCGAGGUUGUAUUUAUUUUGUAUCUACCAAAUGUAUAAAGGUGAGACUAUAAUUUUCCAAAUAUUUACUUAUAAAUCAUCGAACCAGCUACCUCAUUCUUUACCCUACAAACUCCCUACGUUUGGAUCUACAAGACCGUUUGCUUUUGUUUUAAUUUUUUUUAUUUCUGGCCUGCAAAAAACUUUAAAUACUUGGAGUAAAGUUAAGUAAUAUUCGUAUGUAUUACCGUCUGGCUGAGGUCUAGUGUUCGGGUUUUCAAGUAGCGUAAUAACCCUCUUAAGCAUGGCCUCUGUUAGUGUCAGUACCGGAAAUCGAACUCGGCAAUACAUAUUUUAGGCUUAUAAGCUACGGCCGCCAACAAUAAGUAUAUUUAUAAUAAUACCAUAGCAAUCAGUUAUUUUAGAAAAAAAACAUAGUAGAUGAUCAUAAUUAUAAUAUGGGUGUCAAGAAAAGAAAAAACAGAGUGAAUUCGUAUAACUGAGAAAAGAAAAAUUUCUUGAACAUCUGUUCAAAAAUCUUUAUUAGUUGUUUAAUUUAUUUGUUUUAACUUAUUUAAUUAACAUUUUUUUUUAUUUACUAGGUACUUCAACAGUAAAUGUUUUUGUUUGUAUUUACUUCAAGUUAUUUACGAAAUUUAUGUUAUUUUACUUUUAUUUUGAAUAUAAUGAUGUUGUUUUUAUACACUUUUUCAAAUAAAGGAUGUAUCAUAUAGUUUUUAU